AUGAAUAAGAUUCUACAAAUUGUGCUUGUUGCUACAAUAUUACCUAGUUUUUUAGUGAUAACUGUUGCUGUUAGCCUCCUAUGUUAUUGCUACCGUGACAAGAUAGAACAAAUUAUUGAGCACAUUGAGGAGAGAGAUCAGGUUGCACAUGACAAAGGAGAUGCCCUUGAUGUAGAGGAGGGGGGUGGUGGACAUGGAGGGGAUGAGAGCAAUGGACAUGGAGGAAGUGGCAGCGAUGGAAGGGAUGGAAGGAGUGAACAUGGAGGAGGCAAUGGUGAUGGUGAGGAGGGGAGAGCUGCACAUGGAAGAGAUGGCAGUGGUGGAGAGGACAGUGGUGAUGCAAAUGGAGGGGAUGGGAGUGCUAAUGGAGGGGACAAUGAUGAAGGGGAUAACAAUGGUGGACAUGGAGGAGGAGGCAAUGAUAGAAAUGGAAGUGGUGAAGGUGAUGGAGAGGAGGGGACUAGUGGAUCAUGGGAGAAGUUCUACUCUAGAGUUUUUUAA